GACCAGCCAAAGUCUUGAUUGGUAGUUGAACACCUUCUUCAUGGCGUACUCUGGCAAGGAAGCGACCAUCGUGCUCUCGGGUAUCGGCACUGAGCUGUCCGAUGGCAUGCUCAUGAAUAUGUAUCGUACUUACGGCCCCAUUGUGCGUGUCCGACACAACGGAACCAACUCUGCUCAAGUGGUUUUCGCACAGAAACAGCAUGCUCAGAGGGCCAUGGAGGCAACGAAUGGAGCUGUGGUGUACGGCAAGACGCUCAAGGUAUCUCUACAGCGCAAAUUCAAGAAAACAACAGAGCCGUGCCGCGGCUUUGCGGCUGGAAUCUGCCGCCAGGGCGACAUGUGCAAGUAUUACCACGUGACUGACGAUGCUGCGUUUGCAGCCCCGGCUCCUGUCGUUUCAAAGGCUCCGCGUGAGCCGAAGAAGAAGACACCAAAGCCGAAAGCAGCACCGAAGCCGGCCGAGCCAGCCGUUGUGCCGUCGGAGGUGCAAGAUAUCCCUCCCACUCAGCUUUGUCGUCACUUUACGCGUGGCUUCUGUGCACAAGGCUCAGCGUGCACGUAUGCUCACGUUUUAGGUGUUGCGAAGGACGCUGUACCGGCUCCUACGGGCAAGGUAGCACAGCUGUGCCAGUUCUUCCUGAGUGGUGUGUGCACUCGUGGUGACGCUUGCAGGUUUAUUCAUCAGUCCAAAACAGAGGCCGCACCGGAGAAGGCGCCAACCGAAGCCCCUGUCCACAGCAAACAAGAGAGUGAGAACGAGAGUGAGAGCGAGGCUGAAGCAGAACAGAAUAAUGACACUCGCACAUGUGUCGAAUGCGAGAAGGCCGGCGUUGCUGUGUGGAUGUGUGCAAAGUGUGAUAACUCGCUCUAUUGUGAUGACUGCAACUCCGCCGUGCAUCGCGCUCGUGUGAUGGCUAAACACAAACGGGCAAAGCUCCCUCCGAUCCCCCAACUGCCGCGCUGUGGCGAGUGCGAGUCGAAUACUGCCAGUGUGCGAUGCGAACAGUGUGAAGUCCCGUUCUGUGCUCCAUGCGAUGCCAGUGUGCACAAGUUCAAGAGCUUGCGGAAACACAUUCGUGUCAAACUAUCGAAUACCAGUAAAGCUGAAAAAACAAAGGCUACGCAGAAAGCUAAGGAAGAGCCCAAGGCGAAGAAGGAGAAAGUGAAGGAAAAGAAAACGAAAGCAGUGGAGUCUGCACCGCAAGCCAAGGUUGUUGACCCCGUGCCUUACGUUGAGAGCGUCCCACAGCUCGAGUUUUCUUCGGAAUCGUCUGAAUCGGAGGAUGAAGAGAUGCUGUCGCCUACAGCACAGGGUGCUGCAGAUGACGAUGAAUCGAUGGCAGACGCGUCCGAAACGGAAUCUGAAGAUGAUUUCGACGAUGUCAAACCGCAGACUUCGACACCUGCGGCUCCUACGCCUGCCGUUCAGAAACAGGUUCUGAAUUCUUUGGAAUCCGAAUAUGAAGAUAAUUUCGACGACGAACCUGCGGCUAAGUCAACACCGUCGCCUGCAUCUAACCCAAAGAUGGAGUUGUCAUCGGAUUCCGAGAGCUCGGAUGAUGAAACUCAAGAACCAACUCCUGUACCUGCUUCAGCCUCCAAAACAGACGAGUCUUCCGAGUCUGAAGAUGAAUCUGAGGAUGAAGUUCCUUCCAAACCGGUAAAGCAAACACCAGCUCCAGCUCGUAAGCUUACGUUGGCCGAAUUAUCAUCCGAGUCUGAAAGCGACUCGGACGAUGAAGCUCCAUCCAAGCCAGUUGUCAAGCAGACGAAGAAGCCACAACCGAAAACUCCUAUGGCCAAGUCGAAGCCAGCAGCUUCCUCUUGGUCCUCUUCAUCGAGUUCGGACUCUUCGGAAGACGAAGCUCCAGCUAAACCUGUCAAGCCUACUCCUGCACCUCGACGCAACCACAAGGCAGGAGGCAUUUCAGAAGGCAGUUCGCACACUUUGGUCAAGAAGAUUGAGGCUUUCAAUGAGUCAGGCGAAGGCACCGAGCUGCACUUGGACGCCAACCUGAACGGCUUCGAGCGUCUGCUAGCUCACGACUGUGCUGAACGCCUUGGCCUAGCCCAUGAGAGCAUCGGCUCUGGUCUCGAGCGUCAUAUCAUUAUCUCACGUCAUGGAACGAAGCGUGCUGCUACAGAUUCAAGCCAUAGCCACAAGUCCAAGAAGAGUAAGCAUCGCCAUUAAGACCUACAGACUGGUUAGCCUAGUGACACCGAACAUCUACAAUAGAUUCGUCUUCUCCGUGUUCA